UGAUAUUUGUAGUGAUAGAAGUAAUUCAUAAAUUGGAAUCGUUUUUAAAGCAUAUUUAAAAGAAACAAGUUUAUUUUGACAAAAACAAUUGAAAAAGUAUAUUUUAAUAAAGUAAAAGAUGUUUGAAACAAAAGAGGCUCAUAAAGAAAAUGUUUGUCCUUCAUUAAUAAGGAAAACUAUCGUAUUUAAAGAAAUGAGUGAGCUGCUUUAUUCAAAAAACAUUGUUCAAACUACUUCGAAUUUUGAUUUCAACGAAAUUUUUGAUAAGAAACCGUCAAAAACAGAAUGCAGGUAUGCAAGAAAAAGCAAAGAGUAUUUAGUUGCCGAUGAAAACUCUCAAAUAUGUAUUCAUAAAAUAAAACGUGCAGCGUCUGAAAUGCUACUCAAAACAGUAGCUGAUAAUGAAAGAGCUUCUCUUCCACUUUUCCGUUCUCUGGAAAACAUUCAUGAAAUGUCUAUUUGUGAUAAUCAAAGAAAAGGUACCUUAAGUGCAUUCGGUAACCAAAGUUCUAUAAAAACUGUUGUCGACACCAACUAUAACGCAGGCAGGUUUCUUGACAAAUAUUUAAGUUCUUUGUUUAUUUAAAACUUGGGUUGAAAAACGUAAAGCCUCAAAUAACUAUUCUUUAUUUACUGUGUUUAUUUUGCUAUAGAAAACAAGUAUUUAGAGAAAUCCGUUUGUUCGCGAAGAGCUUUAUCUGAAGUCUGCGUGCAAUCAAAAAACGUCGAUAUUAGAGCAUUGCUGCUGUUGAUCAACAGUCUAUUGACUUUAAACGUCAAUAGUAUGUUUUAUGAUCAGGAUGUUUAUAAGAAAAAAGUUCAACAAAUCCUCGCAUAGACCUUCUGUUCAAAAUUUGUCAUCAAACGUUAGUAAAAUAGAGUACAAUGUUCUAAUAAAUGAUUAUUUAUUACCCAUUCAAAGUUAUCUAACCAACUCAAGUUGUUCUUUUUUGGAGAACACCAACAAAAACAAAGAUGACAGUAAUUGUAAAAUUUUACAAAAGAGAGGCAUAUU